GCAAAUGUCUGAUUCAACAUUUUUACAUCAUAUUUCUGUUAUAUAUGUGAAUAUCUCUUACAUUGAUGUACCCCAAAAAACGACAUGUUGGGAUUUCAUAAGCUUGCAUCCACUUGAAUGUAGUUGAAAUUAUUUAAAACUUAAAAGUGCAUUCACACCCAACUGUUUUAGGAUAUGCUUGGAUGUUAAACUUCUAUAUUAUCAAUGCAGAAAAUGCUAAAAAUAAGAAGCAAAUCAUGUCAAACUCACAACGAUUUCCAGUAAGGAUGUUUGUCAUGUGUGUUCCUGCAGCUCUCCGGCUUGUUCACAAGUCUGGUUGUCCUGAUUGUCCUGCUGCUGAUUGGCCCGCUCUUCUACUUCCUACCAAAGGCAGUGUUGGCAUGCAUCAAUGUGACCAGCCUCAGGCAGAUGUUCCUGCAGUUCCAGGACUUACCUGAACUGUGGAGAAUCAGCAAGAUUGACUUGAUGGUGUGGGUGGUUACCUGGCUCUCUGUAGUGGUACUGAACGUGGAUCUUGGCCUCGCUAUCGGAGUGGUUUUCUCGAUGAUGACCGUCAUCUGCCGCACACAAAGGGCAGGCUGUUCAGUGCUUGGUCGGGCCAGCAACACAGAAAUUUACCGACCUCUGGAGAACCACAACAAGUGCUAUGAGGUACCUGGAGUGAAGAUCCUGACAUACAACGGGCCUAUUUACUACGGGAACCGUAGCUUCUUCAGGGAGGAGAUGAGCAAGCUGCUGGGCCUGACGCCAGAGAAGAUCCGCAGCCGAGAAAAAGCUAGAAAAGCCCUGGAGAAAAGAGAGAGAGACGCCACCGUCAGCACUGUGGAGAGAGGCAUUGCAAACACAUUGUUUUCUUCAGAAAAUGAGUUCUUCAAAUCUGAAACAUCAGAGAUUGAUGUUCAGGCAGUGCUAAUCGAUUGCAGCAGUGUGACAUUUGUUGAUGUUGCUGGAGCAAGACUUUUUGUACAAAUGUGUUCUGAAUGCCAGAAAGUUGGAGUUCAUGUAUAUCUGUCAAACUGCAAUGAGAGUGUCUUAAAGAUCCUAACGUCGAGUGGUCUAAUGACCUACAUGAACCCUCAACAUAUUUUUGUCACUGUUCAUGAUGCAGUGAUGUAUAUUCAACAGCAGAAGGAAAAACCUCCAGAGAACACCACGACUGUUUGGGUAUGAGCCAGGAGGAAAGUGAUGAGUCAUACUCUGACGAAGGCACACUGCAAUAAGACUUCAGCAGGGACUCUGUCUCUCAGCUGCAUAGCAAUGCUCCACUAUUUGAUCCAUACUUCACUAUAUUAUAAAGAAGCAGUAGCCUGUUUUAGCACUAUGUCAUGAAUAACAAUAAUUGUAACAUUACAGUGUUAACAGUAUUAUCACGGAUACUGGAUUCACUCCUGGCACACAUUACAUUUCUGAGGGCUUUAAAGUAUGCAGAUACUAGAGACGUACUCAUAUAUUCGGUCCAAAAAAAAGAAGAAAUAAACAAAUAUGUUAUUUUUGACUUAUUCCUAUAGAACUGUAUAUUGCAGAGUUUUUUUUUGUCUUUUAUUUUCUUAUAUGCUGGAAUAUUAGCACAGUGGUAUUUAUUUAGUUUCUGUUGGUUGUUUGCAAUACUGAUGAAUAUAAAGUGCACUGAAUAGUUUCUUAAAAUACUUUACUUUACUGUGUAUUUAUAUAUUUUUGAAAUAUGUGCUUGACUAUGCAACUAUGUACAAAAAGAUCUCACUGCCUUAAAAUGUGUAUGUAUUUUAACUCCAGAGAGACUGCACAGAUUUUAUUAAUUACUUUUGUAUUUGUCAAACGUUUUGACAAUAAAUAUAUCUUCAAACCUGACCUUUUUGUUGAUUUGAAUUACAUUUAGUAUCAGCGAAAAUGGCUUGUAGAUUUCUACAUCACUUGGAUACCACAUAGCUACUAAGGGCAAAUACAAUUAAAGGUAUAGGUAGUUUGGAAUUUGAAGCAUGCUGCUGUCAGAUUUUGAAAAGAGAAAGAGA